ACGUUGGUGAACAACAUGAGCGGCAUCGCGAAGCCCGGCACCCUGACCGCCAUCAUGGGACCGUCGGGAGCGGGAAAGACGACGCUCCUGAACCUGCUCAGCGGAUUCUAUGACACGGGCUACGAGGGCGAAGUGCAGAUCAACGGCUACGUGCGAGACCAGCAGCUGUUCAAUAAGCAGAGCUGCUACGUCAUGCAGGAGGACAGACUACUGCCAGAGCUCACGGUCGAGGAGGCUAUAACCAUGAGCGUCGAGUUGCGCAUGCCCAUGCUCGACAAGGACGACAAGAGGGACAAGGUUGAACAGUCUAUUCAAGAGUGGGGUCUAGAUGAAUGCAGGAAAACCCGAACCAGCUCCCUCUCCGGCGGCCAGAGGCGGCGCCUCGCCAUUGCUCAGGAACUUGUGAAUAAUCCUCCAGUCGUGUUCCUCGACGAGCCAACGAGUGGUUUGGACAACGUUUCUAGUCUGAUGUGCGUCCAGAUCAUGAAAGAGAUGGCCGAAAAUGGACACACCGUCAUCUGCUCUAUUCACACGCCGAGUGCGAAGAUUUUUUCACAUUUCGACAAAUUGUACAUGGUAUCCCAUGGUCGUUGCAUUUACAACGGUCACGUGGACGACCUUUUAGGGUUCCUCUCACGGCAUGAGCUCCACUGCCCGAACUACCACAAUCCCGCAGACUUUGUCUCCGAGAUUGCGGCGGGCGACUACGGUGACUACACUGAGGAACUUUCCAAGGAGUUCCUGAUGGCGGUUCCCGUAGAAAACGGCAGCGUCCACUCGAAGCGGAGAACAACCUACGGGGGAAAGAUAAUGAGCGAACAGACCAAGGCGGAAGCCAUGAAACUUUAUUCCUUCAAGACAAACAGUUUCCACCAGUUCGGCGUUCUGCUCAAGCGGUGCUGGUUAUCGGUUGCCAGAAACAAGGUGGCAACGCCCUUGAGGUUCGUGGCGUACGCUGCCUUCGCCAUCAUGAUGAUCAUGCUCUACUACGACAUUGGAAGGAGAGCCUCUACAGUUAUCAACAAUGCCAACAUGUUCUUCGGCAUGUGCUGCAUCGUCAUGUUUCAGUCCAUUCUGCCCACUGUCAUUGUAUUUCCCAUUGAGCUGUCUGUCCUGCUUAGGGAAAACAGAAACUGCUGGUACAGCGUCCGAAUGUACUACCUCGCUCAUUACAUCACAGAAAUUCCGUUCCUGGUAAUACCGGUAAUCAUGCUCAUAGCGCUCAUCUACUACCCGACCUCUCAGCCCUUGGACAUGUGGCGUGUGGCCGGACUGGCCUUGUUCAGCAUUCAGCUGUGUUCUGUGACGCAAGCAUUUGGACUGAUCGUCUCGGCCGUCACCAAGUUGCAGACGGCGGUGUUCGUGGCGCUGCCGGCGGUGUCUCCGUCUUUCUUCUUCAGCGGCUUCUUCGUCCAGGCGCACCUGGUCAGCCCGUACGUGCGCUGGCUCACCUACCUUUCCCCGAUGCACUACGCGUACCACGGGAUGCUUCUCUCGGUGUACGGCUACGACAGGCCUCCGCUGGCCUGCGACGAGUUCAUCUGCCUCUACGAGAACCCCGCCGAGUUCCUCCAGUUCACCGGGACCUCGGACAAGAAGUUCUACGUGCUCGUGCUCUCGCUGGUCGCGUUCGAGGUGGUGUUCAGGAUCAUCGCCUUCAUCCUCCUCAAGUACAGGCUCACCAAGAAAGAGUGAUGGGCGAGUCGGUUCGCUGGGCUGGACUGGUUAGUUCCAUUAUCCGGGAGGGUGCAUCAGAAUCCUCAGUCUUUCGGUGGAGUCGCUCUUGGUGUUGUGCCCGACGCCGACAAAACAAAAUCAAGGGAAAACAGAGAAACAAAGCAGCGCGA